AUGGCCAGCGCAACUGCGGGCCGUGCGCGUUCAAGGACGCCCCCGCGCGAGGCCGUCAAGACGUCUGCCGUCGCCGUGGCCUUCAAGGCCGCCAUGGCGGCAGCAAGUGCGCUGAAACAGAAAGUCCAGAGCAAGCUGCCCUCAGCUGGGGCAGCACCGACAGAUCCGGGCUCACAGCAGGUGCAGCCGGAGCCCGCCGAAGCCGAGAAGCCGAAGCCGGAGCCGGAAGAGGUGGCAGAGCCCGGAUCACCGGGAACGCCACCGGAGCCUCCUCCCGAGGAGCUGGCUCCCGAGGAGGAGCGAACCUGGCACUGCCACGGCUGCAGCAAGACCUUCAACUCCUUCGCUGAGCUGCGUGCCCAUGCUCUGGAGGCCGGUGAGCGCUGCAACGGUCCGGCGUGGCAGGCCGCGGUGAAUGCCAUCAGCUGCAUGCCUGGCGCGGGCUCGGUACUCUGGUGCCCGGCCUGCCCAGACGACUUCCUGGGCAGGUGGACGGGUUCCACGGCCAAGGCAUCCGCGCUGCUCCGGCACCUCAUGUCCGCCUCCAAGGCUUCCUCGAAGGAGACGGAGCCGAUCCUAGCAAGUCCUCAACGAGUGGGACAGGUUCAUGCUGGGAUGAUGUGCACCCUCACAAGGGUACUCUUCGUAUGGUGGGGCUGUAGGGCCGUAGCGUUCCGAGCAUGA